CUGCGCACGAUUUUUAUACCGGGCCAGCAGGCGAGGGGUAAUAAGAUGCAAAUGAGCGCCUCUGCUCUUCUUCUUCCCCUCCCUCCACAACCACCACAAGUCCGCCCCGGGGCCAUCACAAAGAAAGAGGAGGGGGGAGCAAGGAUGGGAGUGAAAGGUCUGCAGUACUUUAUGGACCGCUGCUGUCCAGAGGCUUGUGUGACAGUGAACUUGAGAGAGAUGGCCAGACAACAUUUAGCCAAAAAUUCGCAAGGCUCCACAUCUACAGCUGACAUCAGUCCCAUACUCGUUGUGGACGGUAUGGCCUGCUUGCGCCAUUGGUACUCGUGUAAAGACUGGGUGUGUGGUGGCCAGUGGAAGGACUAUGUCAAUGUCCUGAAGACUUGGGUGGAGGCUUUUACUUCUGCAGGCAUCAGGCUGGUGUUUUUCUUUGAUGGUGUUGUAGAGGAGCAGAAGAGACGAGAGUGGGUGAAAAGGAGACACAGAGUGAACAACGAUGUUUCAAGGAUAUUCAGCUUCAUUAAGGAACACGGAGAGCAACCUGGUAGAGAUCUCUUUUGUCUGCCCUCUGCUCUGGCAACAUUCACACCUUUUGCUCUCAGGUCAUUGGGUCAAGAAGUGUUUAGCUCAGUGCGUGAGGCGGACUAUGAGAUUGCCAACUAUGCUCAUCAGCACGGCUGCAUGGGCAUUCUGGGACAGGACUCAGACUUCAUCAUAUAUGACAGUGUCCCCUACUUGUCCGUGGCAAAGCUGUGCGUAAACAGCCUCACCACCAUCAUGUACGACCGUCAGAGGCUCUGCAGGAACAUCGGGUUGAAUGUUACCCAGCUUCCUCUGCUGGCCUGUCUCCUAGGUAAUGAUGUGGUGCUGGAGGAGCACAUGCAGCACAUCAGGAGCAAUGCCAUGGAAACAUACAGGAGAAAUGGACCAGCUCCACGUUUUGGAGCUUCUCAGGGACAGAUGGUGCUAGCGGUCGCUCAGUUUGUGAGCUCUUUUGGCAGCAGAGAGGACAUAACUGAACUUGUUCCACAAUCUUUAAAUGUGUCAGCUCCUCACAGAGAGCUGCUGAAGAAAGGUAUUUCCUCCUACCUUCUACCUGGGCACAAAGAUUUUGAGCUGGUUUACAGUUCGUCUCUCCCCCCUGCCUUUGAGAAAUACGUUAGUCCAGCAAUAUUAAAGGCAUGUAGAGAGAAGCAUGUAGCAGCUGAGGGUUUCAUGGUUUACAAUGUUGUGUGUGCUGGAGUCACUGAAUGUAGCAACUCUUUGGAGGAUGAGGAGGACACCGAACUUUUGCCUCAGGCUCUCGUCUACAAGUGCUGCAGACAACGCAUCUAUGGCCUUCUACUGCUGCUUGGGCAAGAUGGCAACACUGUAGAUAUUCCAGUGAUUCAGGAAUGGUUUGUCAUCCCUGGGAACCCUCUGAAAGAGCCUGACCUGGUCUCCCCUGUCCCCAUCACCCUCCCCUGUGAUAAGCCUAGUCUGGACUUGUUAUGGUUCGGCACUGGUCCUGAAGUUUCCACUCUUCGCCUGUCUGCCUUCCUUUCAAUUUUUGACUGCCUUGAGUACUCAGGAUUGUGUGGAACCAUAGAGGACUCCUCCCUGGCUGCUCUCUGUCUGAACACAUACAUAGUCCUGCAGGUUCAAACUUUGUCUCAAGAGGAUGUGGAUGCUUACCUGAGUCAGGCUGUGUGUCUAAGAGUGAAAUCUCCUCAGGAUCUUCAGCAGACCAAGCUGCCUCUCAUUUGUAGCCGUGCCGUGCAGCUGGGAUCUCUGUAUGUUCGCGGCCUGAGCCACCUGCUGGGUGCUAACACUGCCAGCGGCGGCCCGCUGCCUAAUGCUGCCCUGAUGCCAUGGCACUGCUUCGAUGGAAGGCUGUUCCACUCAAAGUAUCUGCUGGCACACGGGGGCGCAGAGGAAACAGAGCUGCUGGACAAUGACCCCACCUGCCUUUCUCAGUUUCUUCAGCUAAAAGAAAAACUUGUAGAAAACUGCAGGAGAAGAGGCAGAGUCCUGCAGUCCAGUCCCAGGAGACCACAGCAAGGUGGUAAAGCCACACCUGAAGUUACACACAGAGACACAGGCCCAGGUUGGCCUCUUGGUGUCGGUGAGGGCGGCAGAGGAAGAGGAGGUACAUCUUGGGGACAUCAAAGAGGACAGCCUGGCUGCCAGUAUGGACGUUCCCAGAACACGGUCCCACCUCCAAACCGGUCCAGAGGUCGACCUCAUCUCCGCAGAGGGCGAUACCAACUUGCUCCGAGGUGGUCCUAUCCUCCUGCUCCAUAAGGAUCACAAAGGAAGGACUUAAUAAAUUAAGAAGCUGGAAAAGACUAAAUGAAAGGACAGAGAAUCUUAAUUUCUGAAAGUAAACCGAUUAGUGAAGUAUCUGCUGGGAGUGUUUGUCCACAGGACUGUGGGAAGAGCAUUGCGUGUAAGGGGUUUGCAUAAUGAUUCCCCAGUUUAUACUAAAAGGGAAACUGCUUCUGCUUUUCUUCAGGUUGACUUAAAUGUUUUUACUAUAACAGAAUGAUAACUUUUUGGAAGUCAUCUAAUAAAUGGUUAGAAAGACCCAGUACCUUCAGUAGCCCGCCUCCAUGAUGUUUAGUCAAACACAAUGGUGUAACACUUAAUUGUCUUUAAUGGAUGCUAUUGGAAAAGAAUUUCUUUUUUAAAUGUGUUGCAUGAAUUGAAUGAUUGGCCACACUAAUGUGUCAAAAUGUUUAACAUUAUCCUCUAAAUUUUACUAUUCAUAAACACUUUGAACAAACGGCAAGACAAAAAACAAGGAAUCUUAGGGGUCAGUGGAGAGGCCUGGCGCACACAACAGUUCAGUAUUCCUAAAAUACCCAAGCAAAUGUGUUAAGUUUUGUUUUUCUAUGUGCUUUUUUAAAAUUAUCCUUUUUUAUGUCAUCUUGUUAUGUUUUAUUAUUAAAGUUUAGAAUAUUCUGUCAACAGCAGCAUGUGUUUUCAGUCAUGGUUCAGUAGUGACGCAGAUCUGUGGGUGCUUUAAGUAUUUUCCACACACUGUGAGGAUGCCAUUGUCAGUAUUAGUAUAGUGUGUUUUAUAGGUUGAUGAGGAAUGUAUAGUUUGUGUAGCCUAGCUGGCCAUUUUCCGGCAGCAACCUGAACAUCGUAAAACCAACCACAAAGGAAAAGGAUGCGGAGAAAGUCCCACAGCCUCAGCACUCUUAAUUCCUCUGUUUGUCUAUGCACACGCCUGUAAGCAGAGUAGUGUGUGUUUUACCCAACUAAUGAAAAUAAAUG